AUGAUUCCGUCGUUAGAUAGCGCGCAGCUCGUCCGCUGGUCGCCGUUCCUCACUCUUGUCGUGGUUCCCAGCUGGUGCUGGUCGGUGUGUGUGUGGGUUGAACCCACGGCGCUCUCGCUGGCUCUGACACUCUUGCUCAUGGGCGGCUGCGUUGCCUUAUGGUGCGCCACAACCACCACCACAACAGCAACAACCACCACCACAGCAGCAACAACAACAACCGCCGCUGCCGUCGCAACCUGCCUCGGCGGACCUGAUUUCUCGUGCAAGUUUUCCAGAACGGCUCGCCCUCCGACGUUCGCCAUGUGCCACCGGAGGCCCCACGAUGAUCGGUGCAUCUUCAGGCCCUACCGGUGCCCGUGCCCUGGCCGUACCGCCUGCCCCUGGCAGGGCUCCCUGCGUGGUGUGCUUCCACUGGCGAAGGCUCAUCCCAGCGUGCCCAAGCUGUGUGGCACAGACGUCCUCUUCCAGGCGACCAACCUCGAGAAACCGCCGCCCACAUUCUGGCUCAUGGUCCAGGUGUGCCUGGGCCACCAAUUCCUCCUGGUCCUCGAGAAACGCACUGUGUCGCAGGAGGUUCGAUUUGCGAUCUCCCUGCUGCUUGUGGGGCCUGGCCACCUGGCUCCAUCCUUCACGUACCGUGUGGAGCUUGGCAGCUCGCAUCACCGCAGGAUGAGUUACGAGGCGACGCCACGGCCUCUGAGGGACGGCAUCGCGAGGGUCAUCGCCGACAAAGAUGGCCUCUUCUUCAGCAAGGAGGUCGCCCGGCUGUUUGCCGAGAAUAACACCCUGGCCAUCGCAUCCUCCAUUGACCGGUGCUAA